AUGGCGACGUGCGAUGGGCUCGCCCUCGGCUUUUUCCGCUCACUCCUCAUCAUCGCGGCAACCACCAGCACCAGCACCAGCACCAUGAGAUGCUCCAUCGCCCUUCUCGCGACCCUCCCCGCGGCCGCGAGAGCCCUGUCCUUCAACGCCUACGAUCUGGGCUUCUAUGGCGUCUAUCCCACCCAGAACCACAUCUCUCUCGGCCAGCGAUCGCCGUGGGUGCGGAUAACGCAGUGGGAUCCCCAGUGCGAGGAUGACGGCGCCCUCAUCCUGCUGAGUCUGCGCGGCCACCACGUCCCGAAUCCGGGCGGGGCCAUUCUCGAUCCGCGGGGGGGCUUGGUCUGGUCCGAGACGCGGUACGGGCAGGCUCUGAACCUGCAGGUGCAGAGGUAUAAGGGGGAGGAUUUCCUGACCUUCUGGUCCGGGACGAGCGGGGGUCCCUGGGGAAAUGGCUCCUACAUCAUGCUCGAUUCCUCCUACGAACUCGCACAUACCGUGACUUCGGUCGGUAUCGAUGCCGGCGGGGAUCUCCACGAGUUUGCGAUCACCGAAAACGGGACGGCGCUGUUCACCAUAUACCAGGAUACCCUCCUGGAUUGCUCGGACGCCGGCCUGAAGCAGGAAUGCUGGAUCAACGAUUGUCUGUUCCAGGAGGUCGACAUCGAGACUGGCCGGUUGCUCUUCCAGUGGCGAGCCUCCGAUCAUGUACCCUUGAGCCAUUCGUAUAGUGGGAGGGGGAAGAAGGGGCUGUCGAAGAAGAAGUCUUGGGAUUACUUCCACAUCAACAGCAUCGACAAGGACGACUUGGGCAACUACCUCGUAUCUGCGAGACAUACGCACGCUCUCUACUAUAUCAGCUCGACCGGCCAUAUUCUCUGGAGUCUGGGUGGCAGACACAGCGACUUUACAGAUCUAUCGGGGGGGGAUGCAUCAAACUUCAAGUGGCAGCACCACGCACGAUGGCACGGUAACAACUCGAUCUCCCUGAUGGACAACCACGGCAACAACGUUUUUCACGACCGGUCCGAACACAGCCGCGGGAUGACCGUUCGGCUCGAUUUUGACCAGAUGUCCGUGACUCUCUUGCAAACCUACGUGCACCCCAACAAGCACCUAGCCAUUUCCCAAGGGUCUGUUCAAAUCCUCCCGGAAUCCGGGAACGUAAUGGUAGGCUGGGGCAACGCUCCCGCCUACACCGAAUUCGCACCUUCGGGCGAGAUCCUGUGCCACAGUCAUUUUGGCGCAUCUCUCUUCUACUCCAUCCUUGAUCUUGGCUGGGUGAAGUCCUACCGCACCCUCAAGAGCAAAUGGGUUGGGAGGCCGAAGGAGCCACCCGCCAUCACAGCUUUUGCCGGGCAGGUCUUCACAAGCUGGAAUGGUGCGACGGAAGUCGCGAGAUGGAGGCUCGAAAGUGCGGAAUCGGCAGAAGCAACCGACAGCGAUUUUGCCAUCGUCGAAGAAGUUCAGAAGGAGGCCUUUGAGACGGUGUUUUCGAGGGACAGUUGGGAGCGCAGGUUUGUCAGAGUUGCGGCUUUGGAUGCUGCGGGUGAGGUCCUGGGGUACAGUGCUGUGGUUGACCGCGCGAUCUCGGAACCGAUAUCGACGCCGCUGACCCCGAUAUUAUUUGGCGUGUUAGGUGUUGCGGUCACUCUGUUCCUUGCUUGGAAAUACAAGGGGGUGCUGUGUAAGCAGUCAGCUAGGAUAUUCCCGUGUAUUCAGCCACCCAAGAGCUCGCAGCACUAUGAGAUGCUGAACUCCCAUGGUCGCGAUGAUGAUGCCGUCUGA